GCUCAAGACGUAUGCCAACUUCCCAGAAGCACCUCAGGAGGAGGCUUCUCUCAGCAAUAGGCUCAAGACGUAUGCCAACUUCCCAGAAGCACCUCAGGAGGAGGCUUCUCUCAGCAAUAGGCUCAAGACGUAUGCCAACUUCCCAGAAGCACCUCAGGAGGAGGCUUCUCUCAGCAAUAGAUGCGAGCUGAUUCCCUGGCUUAGGCUCAAGACGUAUGCCAACUUCCCAGAAGCACCUCAGGAGGAGGCUUCUCUCAGCAAUAGGCUCAAGACGUAUGCCAACUUCCCAGAAGCACCUCAGGAGGAGGCUUCUCUCAGCAAUAGGCUCAAGACGUAUGCCAACUUCCCAGAAGCACCUCAGGAGGAGGCUUCUCUCAGCAAUAGGCUCAAGACGUAUGCCAACUUCCCAGAAGCACCUCAGGAGGAGGCUUCUCUCAGCAAUAGGCUCAAGACGUAUGCCAACUUCCCAGAAGCACCUCAGGAGGAGGCUUCUCUCAGCAAUAGGCUCAAGACGUAUGCCAACUUCCCAGAAGCACCUCAGGAGGAGGCUUCUCUCAGCAAUAGGCUCAAGACGUAUGCCAACUUCCCAGAAGCACCUCAGGAGGAGGCUUCUCUCAGCAAUAGGCUCAAGACGUAUGCCAACUUCCCAGAAGCACCUCAGGAGGAGGCUUCUCUCAGCAAUAGGCUCAAGACGUAUGCCAACUUCCCAGAAGCACCUCAGGAGGAGGCUUCUCUCAGCAAUAGGCUCAAGACGUAUGCCAACUUCCCAGAAGCACCUCAGGAGGAGGCUUCUCUCAGCAAUAGGCUCAAGACGUAUGCCAACUUCCCAGAAGCACCUCAGGAGGAGGCUUCUCUCAGCAAUAGGCUCAAGACGUAUGCCAACUUCCCAGAAGCACCUCAGGAGGAGGCUUCUCUCAGCAAUAGGCUCAAGACGUAUGCCAACUUCCCAGAAGCACCUCAGGAGGAAGCUUCUCUCAGCAAUAGGCUCAAGACGUAUGCCAACUUCCCAGAAGCACCUCAGGAGGAGGCUUCUCUCAGCAAUAGGCUCAAGACGUAUGCCAACUUCCCAGAAGCACCUCAGGAGGAGGCUUCUCUCAGCAAUAGGCUCAAGACGUAUGCCAACUUCCCAGAAGCACCUCAGGAGGAGGCUUCUCUCAGCAAUAGGCUCAAGACGUAUGCCAACUUUCCAGAAGCACCUCAGGAGGAGGCUUCUCUCAGCAAUAGGCUCAAGACGUAUGCCAACUUCCCAGAAGCACCUCAGGAGGAGGCUUCUCUCAGCAAUAGGCUCAAGACGUAUGCCAACUUCCCAGAAGCACCUCAGGAGGAGGCUUCUCUCAGCAAUAGGCUCAAGACGUAUGCCAACUUCCCAGAAGCACCUCAGGAGGAGGCUUCUCUCAGCAAUAGGCUCAAGACGUAUGCCAACUUCCCAGAAGCACCUCAGGAGGAAGCUUCUCUCAGCAAUAGGCUCAAGACGUAUGCCAACUUCCCAGAAGCACCUCAGGAGGAGGCUUCUCUCAGCAAUAGGCUCAAGACGUAUGCCAACUUCCCAGAAGCACCUCAGGAGGAGGCUUCUCUCAGCAAUAGGCUCAAGACGUAUGCCAACUUCCCAGAAGCACCUCAGGAGGAGGCUUCUCUCAGCAAUAGGCUCAAGACGUAUGCCAACUUCCCAGAAGCACCUCAGGAGGAAGCUUCUCUCAGCAAUAGGCUCAAGACGUAUGCCAACUUCCCAGAAGCACCUCAGGAGGAGGCUUCUCUCAGCAAUAGGCUCAAGACGUAUGCCAACUUUCCAGAAGCACCUCAGGAGGAGGCUUCUCUCAGCAAUAGGCUCAAGACGUAUGCCAACUUCCCAGAAGCACCUCAGGAGGAGGCUUCUCUCAGCAAUAGGCUCAAGACGUAUGCCAACUUCCCAGAAGCACCUCAGGAGGAAGCUUCUCUCAGCAAUAGGCUGAAGACGUAUGCCAACUUCCCAGAAGCACCUCAGGAGGAGGCUUCUCUCAGCAAUAGGCUCAAGACGUAUGCCAACUUCCCAGAAGCACCUCAGGAGGAGGCUUCUCUCAGCAAUAGGCUCAAGACGUAUGCCAACUUCCCAGAAGCACCUCAGGAGGAGGCUUCUCUCAGCAAUAGGCUCAAGACGUAUGCCAACUUCCCAGAAGCACCUCAGGAGGAGGCUUCUCUCAGCAAUAGGCUCAAGACGUAUGCCAACUUCCCAGAAGCACCUCAGGAGGAGGCUUCUCUCAGCAAUAGGCUCAAGACGUAUGCCAACUUCCCAGAAGCACCUCAGGAGGAGGCUUCUCUCAGCAAUAGGCUCAAGACGUAUGCCAACUUCCCAGAAGCACCUCAGGAGGAGGCUUCUCUCAGCAAUAGGCUCAAGACGUAUGCCAACUUCCCAGAAGCACCUCAGGAGGAGGCUUCUCUCAGCAAUAGGCUCAAGACGUAUGCCAACUUCCCAGAAGCACCUCAGGAGGAGGCUUCUCUCAGCAAUAGGCUCAAGACGUAUGCCAACUUCCCAGAAGCACCUCAGGAGGAGGCUUCUCUCAGCAAUAGGCUCAAGACGUAUGCCAACUUCCCAGAAGCACCUCAGGAGGAGGCUUCUCUCAGCAAUAGGCUCAAGACGUAUGCCAACUUCCCAGAAGCACCUCAGGAGGAGGCUUCUCUCAGCAAUAGGCUCAAGACGUAUGCCAACUUCCCAGAAGCACCUCAGGAGGAGGCUUCUCUCAGCAAUAGGCUCAAGACGUAUGCCAACUUCCCAGAAGCACCUCAGGAGGAGGCUUCUCUCAGCAAUAGGCUCAAGACGUAUGCCAACUUCCCAGAAGCACCUCAGGAGGAGGCUUCUCUCAGCAAUAGGCUGAAGACGUAUGCCAACUUCCCAGAAGCACCUCAGGAGGAGGCUUCUCUCAGCAAUAGGCUCAAGACGUAUGCCAACUUCCCAGAAGCACCUCAGGAGGAGGCUUCUCUCAGCAAUAGGCUCAAGACGUAUGCCAACUUCCCAGAAGCACCUCAGGAGGAGGCUUCUCUCAGCAAUAGGCUGAAGACGUAUGCCAACUUCCCAGAAGCACCACAGGAGGAGGCUUCUCUCAGCAAUAGGCUCAAGACGUAUGCCAACUUCCCAGAAGCACCUCAGGAGGAGGCUUCUCUCAGCAAUAGGCUCAAGACGUAUGCCAACUUCCCAGAAGCACCUCAGGAGGAGGCUUCUCUCAGCAAUAGGCUCAAGACGUAUGCCAACUUCCCAGAAGCACCUCAGGAGGAGGCUUCUCUCAGCAAUAGGCUCAAGACGUAUGCCAACUUCCCAGAAGCACCUCAGGAGGAGGCUUCUCUCAGCAAUAGGCUCAAGACGUAUGCCAACUUCCCAGAAGCACCUCAGGAGGAGGCUUCUCUCAGCAAUAGGCUCAAGACGUAUGCCAACUUCCCAGAAGCACCUCAGGAGGAGGCUUCUCUCAGCAAUAGGCUCAAGACGUAUGCCAACUUCCCAGAAGCACCUCAGGAGGAGGCUUCUCUCAGCAAUAGGCUCAAGACGUAUGCCAACUUCCCAGAAGCACCUCAGGAGGAGGCUUCUCUCAGCAAUAGGCUCAAGACGUAUGCCAACUUCCCAGAAGCACCUCAGGAGGAGGCUUCUCUCAGCAAUAGGCUCAAGACGUAUGCCAACUUCCCAGAAGCACCUCAGGAGGAGGCUUCUCUCAGCAAUAGGCUCAAGACGUAUGCCAACUUCCCAGAAGCACCUCAGGAGGAGGCUUCUCUCAGCAAUAGGCUCAAGACGUAUGCCAACUUCCCAGAAGCACCUCAGGAGGAGGCUUCUCUCAGCAAUAGGCUCAAGACGUAUGCCAACUUCCCAGAAGCACCUCAGGAGGAGGCUUCUCUCAGCAAUAGGCUCAAGACGUAUGCCAACUUCCCAGAAGCACCUCAGGAGGAGGCUUCUCUCAGCAAUAGGCUCAAGACGUAUGCCAACUUCCCAGAAGCACCUCAGGAGGAGGCUUCUCUCAGCAAUAGGCUCAAGACGUAUGCCAACUUCCCAGAAGCACCUCAGGAGGAGGCUUCUCUCAGCAAUAGGCUGAAGACGUAUGCCAACUUCCCAGAAGCACCUCAGGAGGAGGCUUCUCUCAGCAAUAGGCUCAAGACGUAUGCCAACUUCCCAGAAGCACCUCAGGAGGAGGCUUCUCUCAGCAAUAGGCUCAAGACGUAUGCCAACUUCCCAGAAGCACCACAGGAGGAGGCUUCUCUCAGCAAUAGGCUGAAGACGUAUGCCAACUUCCCAGAAGCACCUCAGGAGGAGGCUUCUCUCAGCAAUAGGCUCAAGACGUAUGCCAACUUCCCAGAAGCACCUCAGGAGGAGGCUUCUCUCAGCAAUAGGCUCAAGACGUAUGUCAACUUCCCAGAAGCACCUCAGGAGGAGGCUUCUCUCAGCAAUAGGCUCAAGACGUAUGCCAACUUCCCAGAAGCACCUCAGGAGGAGGCUUCUCUCAGCAAUAGGCUCAAGACGUAUGCCAACUUCCCAGAAGCACCACAGGAGGAGGCUUCUCUCAGCAAUAGGCUCAAGACGUAUGCCAACUUCCCAGAAGCACCUCAGGAGGAGGCUUCUCUCAGCAAUAGGCUCAAGACGUAUGCCAACUUCCCAGAAGCACCUCAGGAGGAGGCUUCUCUCAGCAAUAGGCUCAAGACGUAUGUCAACUUCCCAGAAGCACCUCAGGAGGAGGCUUCUCUCAGCAAUAGGCUCAAGACGUAUGCCAACUUCCCAGAAGCACCACAGGAGGAGGCUUCUCUCAGCAAUAGGCUCAAGACGUAUGCCAACUUCCCAGAAGCACCUCAGGAGGAGGCUUCUCUCAGCAAUAGGCUCAAGACGUAUGCCAACUUCCCAGAAGCACCUCAGGAGGAGGCUUCUCUCAGCAAUAGGCUCAAGACGUAUGUCAACUUCCCAGAAGCACCUCAGGAGGAGGCUUCUCUCAGCAAUAGGCUCAAGACGUAUGUCAACUUCCCAGAAGCACCUCAGGAGGAGGCUUCUCUCAGCAAUAGGCUCAAGACGUAUGCCAACUUCCCAGAAGCACCACAGGAGGAGGCUUCUCUCAGCAAUAGGCUCAAGACGUAUGCCAACUUCCCAGAAGCACCUCAGGAGGAGGCUUCUCUCAGCAAUAGGCUGAAGACGUAUGCCAACUUCCCAGAAGCACCUCAGGAGGAGGCUUCUCUCAGCAAUAGGCUGAAGACGUAUGCCAACUUCCCAGAAGCACCUCAGGAGGAGGCUUCUCUCAGCAAUAGGCUCAAGACGUAUGUCAACUUCCCAGAAGCACCUCAGGAGGAGGCUUCUCUCAGCAAUAGGCUCAAGACGUAUGCCAACUUCCCAGAAGCACCUCAGGAGGAGGCUUCUCUCAGCAAUAGGCUCAAGACGUAUGCCAACUUCCCAGAAGCACCUCAGGAGGAGGCUUCUCUCAGCAAUAGGCUCAAGACGUAUGCCAACUUCCCAGAAGCACCUCAGGAGGAGGCUUCUCUCAGCAAUAGGCUCAAGAUGUAUGCCAACUUCCCAGAAGCACCACAGGAGGAGGCUUCUCUCAGCAAUAGGCUCAAGACGUAUGCCAACUUCCCAGAAGCACCUCAGGAGGAGGCUUCUCUCAGGAAUAGGCUCAAGACGUAUGCCAACUUCCCAGAAGCACCUCAGGAGGAGGCUUCUCUCAGCAAUAGGCUCAAGACGUAUGCCAACUUCCCAGAAGCACCUCAGGAGGAGGCUUCUCUCAGCAAUAGGCUCAAGACGUAUGCCAACUUCCCAGAAGCACCUCAGGAGGAGGCUUCUCUCAGCAAUAGGCUCAAGACGUAUGCCAACUUCCCAGAAGCACCACAGGAGGAGGCUUCUCUCAGCAAUAGGCUCAAGACGUAUGCCAACUUCCCAGAAGCACCUCAGGAGGAGGCUUCUCUCAGCAAUAGGCUCAAGACGUAUGCCAACUUCCCAGAAGCACCUCAGGAGGAGGCUUCUCUCAGCAAUAGGCUCAAGACGUAUGCCAACUUCCCAGAAGCACCUCAGGAGGAGGCUUCUCUCAGCAAUAGGCUCAAGACGUAUGCCAACUUCCCAGAAGCACCUCAGGAGGAGGCUUCUCUCAGCAAUAGGCUCAAGACUUAUGCCAACUUCCCAGAAGCACCACAGGAGGAGGCUUCUCUCAGCAAUAGGCUCAAGACGUAUGCCAACUUCCCAGAAGCAGCUCAGGAGGAGGCUUCUCUCAGCAAUAGGCUGAAGACGUAUGCCAACUUCCCAGAAGCACCACAGGAGGAGGCUUCUCUCAGCAAUAGGCUGAAGACGUAUGCCAACUUCCCAGAAGCACCACAGGAGGAGGCUUCUCUCAGCAAUAGGCUCAAGACGUAUGCCAACUUCCCAGAAGCACCUCAGGAGGAGGCUUCUCUCAGCAAUAGGCUGAAGACGUAUGCCAACUUCCCAGAAGCACCUCAGGAGGAGGCUUCUCUCAGCAAUAGGCUCAAGACGUAUGCCAACUUCCCAGAAGCACCUCAGGAGGAGGCUUCUCUCAGCAAUAGGCUCAAGACGUAUGCCAACUUCCCAGAAGCACCUCAGGAGAAGGCUUCUCUCAGCAAUAGGCUGAAGACGUAUGCCAACUUCCCAGAAGCACCUCAGGAGGAGGCUUCUCUCAGCAAUAGGCUCAAGACGUAUGCCAACUUCCCAGAAGCACCUCAGGAGGAGGCUUCUCUCAGCAAUAGGCUCAAGACGUAUGCCAACUUCCCAGAAGCACCUCAGGAGGAGGCUUCUCUCAGCAAUAGGGUCAAGACGUAUGCCAACUUCCCAGAAGCACCUCAGGAGGAGGCUUCUCUCAGCAAUAGGCUGAAGACGUAUGCCAACUUCCCAGAAGCACCACAGGAGGAGGCUUCUCUCAGCAAUAGGCUCAAGACGUAUGCCAACUUCCCAGAAGCACCUCAGGAGGAGGCUUCUCUCAGCAAUAGGCUGAAGACGUAUGCCAACUUCCCAGAAGCACCUCAGGAGGAGGCUUCUCUCAGCAAUAGGCUCAAGACGUAUGCCAACUUCCCAGAAGCACCUCAGGAGGAGGCUUCUCUCAGCAAUAGGCUCAAGACGUAUGCCAACUUCCCAGAAGCACCUCAGGAGGAGGCUUCUCUCAGCAAUAGGCUGAAGACGUAUGCCAACUUCCCAGAAGCACGACAGGAGGAGGCUUCUCUCAGCAAUAGGCUCAAGACGUAUGCCAACUUCCCAGAAGCACCUCAGGAGGAGGCUUCUCUCAGCAAUAGGCUGAAGACGUAUGCCAACUUCCCAGAAGCACCUCAGGAGGAGGCUUCUCUCAGCAAUAGGCUCAAGACGUAUGCCAACUUCCCAGAAGCACCUCAGGAGGAGGCUUCUCUCAGCAAUAGGCUCAAGACGUAUGCCAACUUCCCAGAAGCACCUCAGGAGGAGGCUUCUCUCAGCAAUAGGCUGAAGACGUAUGCCAACUUCCCAGAAGCACCUCAGGAGGAGGCUUCUCUCAGCAAUAGGCUCAAGACGUAUGCCAACUUCCCAGAAGCACCUCAGGAGGAGGCUUCUCUCAGCAAUAGGCUCAAGACGUAUGCCAACUUCCCAGAAGCACCUCAGGAGGAGGCUUCUCUCAGCAAUAGGCUGAAGACGUAUGCCAACUUCCCAGAAGCACGACAGGAGGAGGCUUCUCUCAGCAAUAGGCUCAAGACGUAUGCCAACUUCCCAGAAGCACCUCAGGAGGAGGCUUCUCUCAGCAAUAGGCUCAAGACGUAUGCCAACUUCCCAGAAGCACCUCAGGAGGAGGCUUCUCUCAGCAAUAGGCUCAAGACGUAUGCCAACUUCCCAGAAGCACCUCAGGAGGAGGCUUCUCUCAGCAAUAGGCUCAAGACGUAUGCCAACUUCCCAGAAGCACCUCAGGAGGAGGCUUCUCUCAGCAAUAGGCUGAAGACGUAUGCCAACUUCCCAGAAGCACCUCAGGAGGAGGCUUCUCUCAGCAAUAGGCUGAAGACGUAUGCCAACUUCCCAGAAGCACCUCAGGAGGAGGCUUCUCUCAGCAAUAGGCUCAAGACGUAUGCCAACUUCCCAGAAGCACCUCAGGAGGAGGCUUCUCUCAGCAAUAGGCUCAAGACGUAUGCCAACUUCCCAGAAGCACCUCAGGAGGAGGCUUCUCUCAGCAAUAGGCUGAAGACGUAUGCCAACUUCCCAGAAGCACGACAGGAGGAGGCUUCUCUCAGCAAUAGGCUCAAGACGUAUGCCAACUUCCCAGAAGCACCUCAGGAGGAGGCUUCUCUCAGCAAUAGGCUGAAGACGUAUGCCAACUUCCCAGAAGCACCUCAGGAGGAGGCUUCUCUCAGCAAUAGGCUCAAGACGUAUGCCAACUUCCCAGAAGCACCUCAGGAGGAGGCUUCUCUCAGCAAUAGGCUCAAGACGUAUGCCAACUUCCCAGAAGCACCUCAGGAGGAGGCUUCUCUCAGCAAUAGGCUGAAGACGUAUGCCAACUUCCCAGAAGCACCUCAGGAGGAGGCUUCUCUCAGCAAUAGGCUGAAGACGUAUGCCAACUUCCCAGAAGCACCUCAGGAGGAGGCUUCUCUCAGCAAUAGGCUCAAGACGUAUGCCAACUUCCCAGAAGCACCUCAGGAGGAGGCUUCUCUCAGCAAUAGGCUGAAGACGUAUGCCAACUUCCCAGAAGCACCUCAGGAGGAGGCUUCUCUCAGCAAUAGGCUCAAGACGUAUGCCAACUUCCCAGAAGCACCUCAGGAGGAGGCUUCUCUCAGCAAUAGGCUCAAGACGUAUGCCAACUUCCCAGAAGCACCUCAGGAGGAGGCUUCUCUCAGCAAUAGGCUCAAGACGUAUGCCAACUUCCCAGAAGCACCUCAGGAGGAGGCUUCUCUCACCAAUAGGCUCAAGACGUAUGCCAACUUCCCAGAAGCACCUCAGGAGGAGGCUUCUCUCACCAAUAGGCUCAAGACGUAUGCCAACUUCCCAGAAGCACCUCAGGAGGAGGCUUCUCUCAGCAAUAGGCUCAAGACGUAUGCCAACUUCCCAGAAGCACCUCAGGAGGAGGCUUCUCUCAGCAAUAGGCUCAAGACGUAUGCCAACUUCCCAGAAGCACCUCAGGAGGAGGCUUCUCUCACCAAUAGGCUCAAGACGUAUGCCAACUUCCCAGAAGCACCUCAGGAGGAGGCUUCUCUCAGCAAUAGGCUCAAGACGUAUGCCAACUUCCCAGAAGCACCUCAGGAGGAGGCUUCUCUCAGCAAUAGGCUCAAGACGUAUGCCAACUUCCCAGAAGCACCUCAGGAGGAGGCUUCUCUCAGCAAUAGGCUCAAGACGUAUGCCAACUUCCCAGAAGCACCUCAGGAGGAGGCUUCUCUCAGCAAUAGGCUCAAGACGUAUGCCAACUUCCCAGAAGCACCUCAGGAGGAGGCUUCUCUCACCAAUAGGCUCAAGACGUAUGCCAACUUCCCAGAAGCACCUCAGGAGGAGGCUUCUCUCAGCAAUAGGCUCAAGACGUAUGCCAACUUCCCAGAAGCACCUCAGGAGGAGGCUUCUCUCACCAAUAGGCUCAAGACGUAUGCCAACUUCCCAGAAGCACCUCAGGAGGAGGCUUCUCUCAGCAAUAGGCUCAAGACGUAUGCCAACUUCCCAGAAGCACCUCAGGAGGAGGCUUCUCUCAGCAAUAGGCUCAAGACGUAUGCCAACUUCCCAGAAGCACCUCAGGAGGAGGCUUCUCUCACCAAUAGGCUCAAGACGUAUGCCAACUUCCCAGAAGCACCUCAGGAGGAGGCUUCUCUCAGCAAUAGGCUCAAGACGUAUGCCAACUUCCCAGAAGCACCUCAGGAGGAGGCUUCUCUCACCAAUAGGCUCAAGACGUAUGCCAACUUCCCAGAAGCACCUCAGGAGGAGGCUUCUCUCAGCAAUAGGCUCAAGACGUAUGCCAACUUCCCAGAAGCACCUCAGGAGGAGGCUUCUCUCACCAAUAGGCUCAAGACGUAUGCCAACUUCCCAGAAGCACCUCAGGAGGAGGCUUCUCUCAGCAAUAGGCUCAAGACGUAUGCCAACUUCCCAGAAGCACCUCAGGAGGAGGCUUCUCUCACCAAUAGGCUCAAGACGUAUGCCAACUUCCCAGAAGCACCUCAGGAGGAGGCUUCUCUCAGCAAUAGGCUCAAGACGUAUGCCAACUUCCCAGAAGCACCUCAGGAGGAGGCUUCUCUCAGCAAUAGGCUCAAGACGUAUGCCAACUUCCCAGAAGCACCUCAGGAGGAGGCUUCUCUCAGCAAUAGGCUCAAGACGUAUGCCAACUUCCCAGAAGCACCUCAGGAGGAGGCUUCUCUCAGCAAUAGGCUCAAGACGUAUGCCAACUUCCCAGAAGCACCUCAGGAGGAGGCUUCUCUCAGCAAUAGGCUCGAGACGUAUGCCAACUUCCCAGAAGCACCUCAGGAGGAGGCUUCUCUCAGCAAUAGGCUCAAGACGUAUGCCAACUUCCCAGAAGCACCUCAGGAGGAGGCUUCUCUCAGCAAUAGGCUCAAGACGUAUGCCAACUUCCCAGAAGCACCUCAGGAGGAGGCUUCUCUCAGCAAUAGGCUCAAGACGUAUGCCAACUUCCCAGAAGCACCUCAGGAGGAGGCUUCUCUCACCAAUAGGCUCAAGACGUAUGCCAACUUCCCAGAAGCACCUCAGGAGGAGGCUUCUCUCAGCAAUAGGCUCAAGACGUAUGCCAACUUCCCAGAAGCACCUCAGGAGGAGGCUUCUCUCAGCAAUAGGCUCAAGACGUAUGCCAACUUCCCAGAAGCACCUCAGGAGGAGGCUUCUCUCAGCAAUAGGCUCAAGACGUAUGCCAACUUCCCAGAAGCACCUCAGGAGGAGGCUUCUCUCACCAAUAGGCUCAAGACGUAUGCCAACUUCCCAGAAGCACCUCAGGAGGAGGCUUCUCUCAGCAAUAGGCUCAAGACGUAUGCCAACUUCCCAGAAGCACCUCAGGAGGAGGCUUCUCUCACCAAUAGGCUCAAGACGUAUGCCAACUUCCCAGAAGCACCUCAGGAGGAGGCUUCUCUCACCAAUAGGCUCAAGACGUAUGCCAACUUCCCAGAAGCACCUCAGGAGGAGGCUUCUCUCAGCAAUAGGCUCAAGACGUAUGCCAACUUCCCAGAAGCACCUCAGGAGGAGGCUUCUCUCACCAAUAGGCUCAAGACGUAUGCCAACUUCCCAGAAGCACCUCAGGAGGAGGCUUCUCUCAGCAAUAGGCUCAAGACGUAUGCCAACUUCCCAGAAGCACCUCAGGAGGAGGCUUCUCUCAGCAAUAGGCUCAAGACGUAUGCCAACUUCCCAGAAGCACCUCAGGAGGAGGCUUCUCUCAGCAAUAGGCUCAAGACGUAUGCCAACUUCCCAGAAGCACCUCAGGAGGAGGCUUCUCUCAGCAAUAGGCUCAAGACGUAUGCCAACUUCCCAGAAGCACCUCAGGAGGAGGCUUCUCUCAGCAAUAGGCUCAAGACGUAUGCCAACUUCCCAGAAGCACCUCAGGAGGAGGCUUCUCUCACCAAUAGGCUCAAGACGUAUGCCAACUUCCCAGAAGCACCUCAGGAGGAGGCUUCUCUCAGCAAUAGGCUCAAGACGUAUGCCAACUUCCCAGAAGCACCUCAGGAGGAGGCUUCUCUCAGCAAUAGGCUCAAGACGUAUGCCAACUUCCCAGAAGCACCUCAGGAGGAGGCUUCUCUCAGCAAUAGGCUCAAGACGUAUGCCAACUUCCCAGAAGCACCUCAGGAGGAGGCUUCUCUCACCAAUAGGCUCAAGACGUAUGCCAACUUCCCAGAAGCACCUCAGGAGGAGGCUUCUCUCAGCAAUAGGCUCAAGACGUAUGCCAACUUCCCAGAAGCACCUCAGGAGGAGGCUUCUCUCACCAAUAGGCUCAAGACGUAUGCCAACUUCCCAGAAGCACCUCAGGAGGAGGCUUCUCUCAGCAAUAGGCUCAAGACGUAUGCCAACUUCCCAGAAGCACCUCAGGAGGAGGCUUCUCUCACCAAUAGGCUGAAGACGUAUGCCAACUUCCCAGAAGCACCUCAGGAGGAGGCUUCUCUCACCAAUAGGCUCAAGACGUAUGCCAACUUCCCAGAAGCACCUCAGGAGGAGGCUUCUCUCAGCAAUAGGCUCAAGACGUAUGCCAACUUCCCAGAAGCACCUCAGGAGGAGGCUUCUCUCAGCAAUAGGCUCAAGACGUAUGCCAACUUCCCAGAAGCACCUCAGGAGGAGGCUUCUCUCACCAAUAGGCUCAAGACGUAUGCCAACUUCCCAGAAGCACCUCAGGAGGAGGCUUCUCUCAGCAAUAGGCUCAAGACGUAUGCCAACUUCCCAGAAGCACCUCAGGAGGAGGCUUCUCUCACCAAUAGGCUCAAGACGUAUGCCAACUUCCCAGAAGCACCUCAGGAGGAGGCUUCUCUCAGCAAUAGGCUCAAGACGUAUGCCAACUUCCCAGAAGCACCUCAGGAGGAGGCUUCUCUCACCAAUAGGCUCAAGACGUAUGCCAACUUCCCAGAAGCACCUCAGGAGGAGGCUUCUCUCAGCAAUAGGCUCAAGACGUAUGCCAACUUCCCAGAAGCACCUCAGGAGGAGGCUUCUCUCAGCAAUAGGCUCAAGACGUAUGCCAACUUCCCAGAAGCACCUCAGGAGGAGGCUUCUCUCAGCAAUAGGCUCAAGACGUAUGCCAACUUCCCAGAAGCACCUCAGGAGGAGGCUUCUCUCAGCAAUAGGCUCAAGACGUAUGCCAACUUCCCAGAAGCACCUCAGGAGGAGGCUUCUCUCAGCAAUAGGCUCAAGACGUAUGCCAACUUCCCAGAAGCACCUCAGGAGGAGGCUUCUCUCAGCAAUAGGCUCAAGACGUAUGCCAACUUCCCAGAAGCACCUCAGGAGGAGGCUUCUCUCAGCAAUAGGCUCAAGACGUAUGCCAACUUCCCAGAAGCACCUCAGGAGGAGGCUUCUCUCACCAAUAGGCUCAAGACGUAUGCCAACUUCCCAGAAGCACCUCAGGAGGAGGCUUCUCUCAGCAAUAGGCUCAAGACGUAUGCCAACUUCCCAGAAGCACCUCAGGAGGAGGCUUCUCUCACCAAUAGGCUGAAGACGUAUGCCAACUUCCCAGAAGCACCUCAGGAGGAGGCUUCUCUCACCAAUAGGCUCAAGACGUAUGCCAACUUCCCAGAAGCACCUCAGGAGGAGGCUUCUCUCAGCAAUAGGCUCAAGACGUAUGCCAACUUCCCAGAAGCACCUCAGGAGGAGGCUUCUCUCAGCAAUAGGCUCAAGACGUAUGCCAACUUCCCAGAAGCACCUCAGGAGGAGGCUUCUCUCACCAAUAGGCUCAAGACGUAUGCCAACUUCCCAGAAGCACCUCAGGAGGAGGCUUCUCUCAGCAAUAGGCUCAAGACGUAUGCCAACUUCCCAGAAGCACCUCAGGAGGAGGCUUCUCUCACCAAUAGGCUCAAGACGUAUGCCAACUUCCCAGAAGCACCUCAGGAGGAGGCUUCUCUCACCAAUAGGCUCAAGACGUAUGCCAACUUCCCAGAAGCACCUCAGGAGGAGGCUUCUCUCAGCAAUAGGCUCAAGACGUAUGCCAACUUCCCAGAAGCACCUCAGGAGGAGGCUUCUCUCACCAAUAGGCUCAAGACGUAUGCCAACUUCCCAGAAGCACCUCAGGAGGAGGCUUCUCUCAGCAAUAGGCUCAAGACGUAUGCCAACUUCCCAGAAGCACCUCAGGAGGAGGCUUCUCUCAGCAAUAGGCUCAAGACGUAUGCCAACUUCCCAGAAGCACCUCAGGAGGAGGCUUCUCUCACCAAUAGGCUGAAGACGUAUGCCAACUUCCCAGAAGCACCUCAGGAGGAGGCUUCUCUCAGCAAUAGGCUCAAGACGUAUGCCAACUUCCCAGAAGCACCUCAGGAGGAGGCUUCUCUCAGCAAUAGGCUCAAGACGUAUGCCAACUUCCCAGAAGCACCUCAGGAGGAGGCUUCUCUCACCAAUAGGCUGAAGACGUAUGCCAACUUCCCAGAAGCACCUCAGGAGGAGGCUUCUCUCAGCAAUAGGCUCAAGACGUAUGCCAACUUCCCAGAAGCACCUCAGGAGGAGGCUUCUCUCAGCAAUAGGCUCAAGACGUAUGCCAACUUCCCAGAAGCACCUCAGGAGGAGGCUUCUCUCAGCAAUAGGCUCAAGACGUAUGCCAACUUCCCAGAAGCACCUCAGGAGGAGGCUUCUCUCAGCAAUAGGCUCAAGACGUAUGCCAACUUCCCAGAGGCACCUCAGGAGGAGGCUUCUCUCAGCAAUAGGCUCAAGACGUAUGCCAACUUCCCAGAAGCACCUCAGGAGGAGGCUUCUCUCAGCAAUAGGCUCAAGACGUAUGCCAACUUCCCAGAAGCACCUCAGGAGGAGGCUUCUCUCAGCAAUAGGCUCAAGACGUAUGCCAACUUCCCAGAAGCACCUCAGGAGGAGGCUUCUCUCAGCAAUAGGCUAAAGACGUAUGCCAACUUCCCAGAAGCACCUCAGGAGGAGGCUUCUCUCAGCAAUAGGCUCAAGACGUAUGCCAACUUCCCAGAAGCACCUCAGGAGGAGGCUUCUCUCACCAAUAGGCUCAAGACGUAUGCCAACUUCCCAGAAGCACCUCAGGAGGAGGCUUCUCUCAGCAAUAGGCUCAAGACGUAUGCCAACUUCCCAGAAGCACCUCAGGAGGAGGCUUCUCUCAGCAAUAGGCUCAAGAUGUAUGCCAACUUCCCAGAAGCACCUCAGGAGGAGGCUUCUCUCAGCAAUAGGCUGAAGACGUAUGCCAACUUCCCAGAAGCACCUCAGGAGGAGGCUUCUCUCACCAAUAGGCUCAAGACGUAUGCCAACUUCCCAGAAGCACCUCAGGAGGAGGCUUCUCUCAGCAAUAGGCUCAAGACGUAUGCCAACUUCCCAGAAGCACCUCAGGAGGAGGCUUCUCUCAGCAAUAGGCUCAAGACGUAUGCCAACUUCCCAGAAGCACCUCAGGAGGAGGCUUCUCUCAGCAAUAGAUGCGAGCUGAUUCCCUGGCUUAGGCUCAAGACGUAUGCCAACUUCCCAGAAGCACCUCAGGAGGAGGCUUCUCUCAGCAAUAGGCUCAAGACGUAUGCCAACUUCCCAGAAGCACCUCAGGAGGAGGCUUCUCUCAGCAAUAGGCUCAAGACGUAUGCCAACUUCCCAGAAGCACCUCAGGAGGAGGCUUCUCUCAGCAAUAGGCUCAAGACGUAUGCCAACUUCCCAGAAGCACCUCAGGAGGAGGCUUCUCUCAGCAAUAGGCUCAAGACGUAUGCCAACUUCCCAGAAGCACCUCAGGAGGAGGCUUCUCUCAGCAAUAGGCUCAAGACGUAUGCCAACUUCCCAGAAGCACCUCAGGAGGAGGCUUCUCUCAGCAAUAGGCUCAAGACGUAUGCCAACUUCCCAGAAGCACCUCAGGAGGAGGCUUCUCUCAGCAAUAGGCUCAAGACGUAUGCCAACUUCCCAGAAGCACCUCAGGAGGAGGCUUCUCUCAGCAAUAGGCUCAAGACGUAUGCCAACUUCCCAGAAGCACCUCAGGAGGAGGCUUCUCUCAGCAAUAGGCUCAAGACGUAUGCCAACUUCCCAGAAGCACCUCAGGAGGAGGCUUCUCUCAGCAAUAGGCUCAAGACGUAUGCCAACUUCCCAGAGGCACCUCAGGAGGAGGCUUCUCUCAGCAAUAGGCUCAAGACGUAUGCCAACUUCCCAGAGGCACCUCAGGAGGAGGCUUCUCUCAGCAAUAGGCUCAAGACGUAUGCCAACUUCCCAGAGGCACCUCAGGAGGAGGCUUCUCUCAGCAAUAGGCUCAAGACGUAUGCCAACUUCCCAGAAGCACCUCAGGAGGAGGCUUCUCUCAGCAAUAGGCUCAAGACGUAUGCCAACUUCCCAGAAGCACCUCAGGAGGAGGCUUCUCUCAGCAAUAGGCUCAAGACGUAUGCCAACUUCCCAGAAGCACCUCAGGAGGAGGCUUCUCUCAGCAAUAGGCUCAAGACGUAUGCCAACUUCCCAGAAGCACCUCAGGAGGAGGCUUCUCUCAGCAAUAGGCUCAAGACGUAUGCUAACUUCCCAGAAGCACCUCAGGAGGAGGCUUCUCUCAGCAAUAGGCUCAAGACGUAUGCUAACUUCCCAGAAGCAUCUCAGGAGGAGGCUUCUCUCAGCAAUAGGCUCAAGACGUAUGCCAACUUCCCAGAAGCACCUCAGGAGGAGGCUUCUCUCAGCAAUAGGCUCAAGACGUAUGCCAACUUCCCAGAAGCACCUCAGGAGGAGGCUUCUCUCAGCAAUAGGCUCAAGACGUAUGCCAACUUCCCAGAAGCACCUCAGGAGGAGGCUUCUCUCAGCAAUAGGCUCAAGACGUAUGCCAACUUCCCAGAAGCACCUCAGGAGGAGGCUUCUCUCAGCAAUAGGCUCAAGACGUAUGCCAACUUCCCAGAAGCACCUCAGGAGGAGGCUUCUCUCAGCAAUAGGCUCAAGACGUAUGCCAACUUCCCAGAAGCACCUCAGGAGGAGGCUUCUCUCAGCAAUAGGCUCAAGACGUAUGCCAACUUCCCAGAAGCACCUCAGGAGGAGGCUUCUCUCAGCAAUAGGCUCAAGACGUAUGCCAACUUCCCAGAAGCACCUCAGGAGGAGGCUUCUCUCAGCAAUAGGCUCAAGACGUAUGCCAACUUCCCAGAAGCACCUCAGGAGGAGGCUUCUCUCAGCAAUAGGCUCAAGACGUAUGCCAACUUCCCAGAAGCACCUCAGGAGGAGGCUUCUCUCAGCAAUAGGCUCAAGACGUAUGCCAACUUCCCAGAAGCACCUCAGGAGGAGGCUUCUCUCACCAAUAGGCUCAAGACGUAUGCCAACUUCCCAGAAGCACCUCAGGAGGAGGCUUCUCUCAGCAAUAGGCUCAAGACGUAUGCCAACUUCCCAGAAGCAGCUCAGGAGGAGGCUUCUCUCAGCAAUAGGCUCAAGACGUAUGCCAACUUCCCAGAAGCACCUCAGGAGGAGGCUUCUCUCAGCAAUAGGCUCAAGACGUAUGCCAACUUCCCAGAAGCACCUCAGGAGGAGGCUUCUCUCAGCAAUAGGCUCAAGACGUAUGCCAACUUCCCAGAAGCACCUCAGGAGGAGGCUUCUCUCAGCAAUAGGCUCAAGACGUAUGCCAACUUCCCAGAAGCACCUCAGGAGGAGGCUUCUCUCAGCAAUAGGCUCAAGACGUAUGCUAACUUCCCAGAAGCACCUCAGGAGGAGGCUUCUCUCAGCAAUAGGCUCAAGACGUAUGCCAACUUCCCAGAAGCACCUCAGGAGGAGGCUUCUCUCAGCAAUAGGCUCAAGACGUAUGCCAACUUCCCCGAAGCACCUCAGGAGGAGGCUUCUCUCAGCAAUAGGCUCAAGACGUAUGCCAACUUCCCAGAAGCACCUCAGGAGGAGGCUUCUCUCAGCAAUAGGCUCAAGACGUAUGCCAACUUCCCAGAAGCACCUCAGGAGGAGGCUUCUCUCAGCAAUAGGCUCAAGACGUAUGCCAACUUCCCAGAAGCACCUCAGGAGGAGGCUUCUCUCAGCAAUAGGCUCAAGACGUAUGCCAACUUCCCAGAAGCACCUCAGGAGGAGGCUUCUCUCAGCAAUAGGCUCAAGACGUAUGCCAACUUCCCAGAAGCACCUCAGGAGGAGGCUUCUCUCAGCAAUAGGCUCAAGACGUAUGCCAACUUCCCAGAAGCAGCUCAGGAGGAGGCUUCUCUCAGCAAUAGGCUCAAGACGUAUGCCAACUUCCCAGAAGCACCUCAGGAGGAGGCUUCUCUCACCAAUAGGCUCAAGACGUAUGCCAACUUCCCAGAAGCACCUCAGGAGGAGGCUUCUCUCAGCAAUAGGCUCAAGACGUAUGCCAACUUCCCAGAAGCACCUCAGGAGGAGGCUUCUCUCACCAAUAGGCUCAAGACGUAUGCCAACUUCCCAGAAGCACCUCAGGAGGAGGCUUCUCUCAGCAAUAGGCUCAAGACGUAUGCCAACUUCCCAGAAGCACCUCAGGAGGAGGCUUCUCUCAGCAAUAGGCUCAAGACGUAUGCCAACUUCCCAGAAGCACCUCAGGAGGAGGCUUCUCUCAGCAAUAGGCUCAAGACGUAUGCCAACUUCCCAGAAGCACCUCAGGAGGAGGCUUCUCUCAGCAAUAGGCUCAAGACGUAUGCCAACUUCCCAGAAGCACCUCAGGAGGAGGCUUCUCUCAGCAAUAGGCUCAAGACGUAUGCCAACUUCCCAGAAGCAGCUCAGGAGGAGGCUUCUCUCAGCAAUAGGCUCAAGACGUAUGCCAACUUCCCAGAAGCACCUCAGGAGGAGGCUUCUCUCAGCAAUAGGCUCAAGACGUAUGCCAACUUCCCAGAAGCACCUCAGGAGGAGGCUUCUCUCAGCAAUAGGCUCAAGACGUAUGCCAACUUCCCAGAAGCACCUCAGGAGGAGGCUUCUCUCAGCAAUAGGCUCAAGACGUAUGCCAACUUCCCAGAAGCACCUCAGGAGGAGGCUUCUCUCAGCAAUAGGCUCAAGACGUAUGCCAACUUCCCAGAAGCACCUCAGGAGGAGGCUUCUCUCAGCAAUAGGCUCAAGACGUAUGCCAACUUCCCAGAAGCACCUCAGGAGGAGGCUUCUCUCAGCAAUAGGCUCAAGACGUAUGCCAACUUCCCAGAAGCACCUCAGGAGGAGGCUUCUCUCAGCAAUAGGCUCAAGACGUAUGCCAACUUCCCAGAAGCAGCUCAGGAGGAGGCUUCUCUCAGCAAUAGGCUCAAGACGUAUGCCAACUUCCCAGAAGCACCUCAGGAGGAGGCUUCUCUCACCAAUAGGCUCAAGACGUAUGCCAACUUCCCAGAAGCACCUCAGGAGGAGGCUUCUCUCACCAAUAGGCUCAAGACGUAUGCCAACUUCCCAGAAGCACCUCAGGAGGAGGCUUCUCUCAGCAAUAGGCUCAAAACGUAUGCCAACUUCCCAGAAGCACCUCAGGAGGAGGCUUCUCUCAGCAAUAGGCUCAAGACGUAUGCCAACUUCCCAGAAGCACCUCAGGAGGAGACUUCUCUCAGCAAUAGGCUCAAAACGUAUGCCAACUUCCCAGAAGCACCUCAGGAGGAGGCUUCUCUCAGCAAUAGGCUCAAGACGUAUGCCAACUUCCCAGAAGCACCUCAGGAGGAGGCUUCUCUCAGCAAUAGGCUCAAGACGUAUGCCAACUUCCCAGAAGCACCUCAGGAGGAGGCUUCUCUCAGCAAUAGGCUCAAAACGUAUGCCAACUUCCCAGAAGCACCUCAGGAGGAGGCUUCUCUCAGCAAUAGGCUCAAAACGUAUGCCAACUUCCCAGAAGCACCUCAGGAGGAGGCUUCUCUCAGCAAUAGGCUCAAGACGUAUGCCAACUUCCCAGAAGCACCUCAGGAGGAGGCUUCUCUCAGCAAUAGGCUCAAGACGUAUGCCAACUUCCCAGAAGCACCUCAGGAGGAGGCUUCUCUCAGCAAUAGGCUCAAGACGUAUGCCAACUUCCCAGAAGCACCUCAGGAGGAGGCUUCUCUCAGCAAUAGGCUCAAAACGUAUGCCAACUUCCCAGAAGCACCUCAGGAGGAGGCUUCUCUCAGCAAUAGGCUCAAGACGUAUGCCAACUUCCCAGAAGCACCUCAGGAGGAGGCUUCUCUCAGCAAUAGGCUCAAAACGUAUGCCAACUUCCCAGAAGCACCUCAGGAGGAGGCUUCUCUCAGCAAUAGGCUCAAGACGUAUGCCAACUUCCCAGAAGCACCUCAGGAGGAGGCUUCUCUCAGCAAUAGGCUCAAGACGUAUGCCAACUUCCCAGAAGCACCUCAGGAGGAGGCUUCUCUCAGCAAUAGGCUCAAGACGUAUGCCAACUUCCCAGAAGCACCUCAGGAGGAGGCUUCUCUCAGCAAUAGGCUCAAAACGUAUGCCAACUUCCCAGAAGCACCUCAGGAGGAGGCUUCUCUCAGCAAUAGGCUCAAGACGUAUGCCAACUUCCCAGAAGCACCUCAGGAGGAGGCUUCUCUCAGCAAUAGGCUCAAAACGUAUGCCAACUUCCCAGAAGCACCUCAGGAGGAGGCUUCUCUCAGCAAUAGGCUCAAGACGUAUGCCAACUUCCCAGAAGCACCUCAGGAGGAGGCUUCUCUCAGCAAUAGGCUCAAGACGUAUGCCAACUUCCCAGAAGCACCUCAGGAGGAGGCUUCUCUCAGCAAUAGGCUCAAAACGUAUGCCAACUUCCCAGAAGCACCUCAGGAGGAGGCUUCUCUCAGCAAUAGGCUCAAGACGUAUGCCAACUUCCCAGAAGCACCUCAGGAGGAGGCUUCUCUCAGCAAUAGGCUCAAGACGUAUGCCAACUUCCCAGAAGCACCUCAGGAGGAGGCUUCUCUCAGCAAUAGGCUCAAAACGUAUGCCAACUUCCCAGAAGCACCUCAGGAGGAGGCUUCUCUCAGCAAUAGGCUCAAGACGUAUGCCAACUUCCCAGAAGCACCUCAGGAGGAGGCUUCUCUCAGCAAUAGGCUCAAGACGUAUGCCAACUUCCCAGAAGCACCUCAGGAGGAGGCUUCUCUCAGCAAUAGGCUCAAGACGUAUGCCAACUUCCCAGAAGCACCUCAGGAGGAGGCUUCUCUCAGCAAUAGGCUCAAAACGUAUGCCAACUUCCCAGAAGCACCUCAGGAGGAGGCUUCUCUCAGCAAUAGGCUCAAAACGUAUGCCAACUUCCCAGAAGCACCUCAGGAGGAGGCUUCUCUCAGCAAUAGGCUCAAGACGUAUGCCAACUUCCCAGAAGCACCUCAGGAGGAGACUUCUCUCAGCAAUAGGCUCAAAACGUAUGCCAACUUCCCAGAAGCACCUCAGGAGGAGGCUUCUCUCAGCAAUAGGCUCAAGACGUAUGCCAACUUCCCAGAAGCACCUCAGGAGGAGGCUUCUCUCAGCAAUAGGCUCAAGACGUAUGCCAACUUCCCAGAAGCACCUCAGGAGGAGGCUUCUCUCAGCAAUAGGCUCAAGACGUAUGCCAACUUCCCAGAAGCACCUCAGGAGGAGGCUUCUCUCAGCAAUAGGCUCAAGACGUAUGCCAACUUCCCAGAAGCACCUCAGGAGGGGGCUUCUCUCAGCAAUAGGCUCAAAACGUAUGCCAACUUCCCAGAAGCACCUCAGGAGGAGGCUUCUUUCAGCAAUAGGCUCAAGACGUAUGCCAACUUCCCAGAAGCACCUCAGGAGGAGGCUUCUCUCAGCAAUAGGCUCAAAACGUAUGCCAACUUCCCAGAAGCACCUCAGGAGGAGGCUUCUUUCAGCAAUAGGCUCAAGACGUAUGCCAACUUCCCAGAAGCACCUCAGGAGGAGGCUUCUCUCAGCAAUAGGCUCAAGACGUAUGCCAACUUCCCAGAAGCACCUCAGGAGGGGGCUUCUCUCAGCAAUAGGCUCAAGACGUAUGCCAACUUCCCAGAAGCACCUCAGGAGGGGGCUUCUCUCAGCAAUAGGCUCAAGACGUAUGCCAACUUCCCAGAAGCACCUCAGGAGGAGGCUUCUCUCAGCAAUAGGCUCAAGACGUAUGCCAACUUCCCAGAAGCACCUCAGGAGGGGGCUUCUCUCAGCAAUAGGCUCAAGACGUAUGCCAACUUCCCAGAAGCACCUCAGGAGGGGGCUUCUCUCAGCAAUAGGCUCAAGACGUAUGCCAACUUCCCAGAAGCACCUCAGGAGGAGACUUCUCUCAGCAAUAGGCUCAAAACGUAUGCCAACUUCCCAGAAGCACCUCAGGAGGAGGCUUCUCUCAGCAAUAGGCUCAAGACGUAUGCCAACUUCCCAGAAGCACCUCAGGAGGAGGCUUCUCUCAGCAAUAGGCUCAAGACGUAUGCCAACUUCCCAGAAGCACCUCAGGAGGGGGCUUCUCUCAGCAAUAGGCUCAAGACGUAUGCCAACUUCCCAGAAGCACCUCAGGAGGGGGCUUCUCUCAGCAAUAGGCUCAAGACGUAUGCCAACUUCCCAGAAGCACCUCAGGAGGAGGCUUCUCUCAGCAAUAGGCUCAAGACGUAUGCCAACUUCCCAGAAGCACCUCAGGAGGGGGCUUCUCUCAGCAAUAGGCUCAAAACGUAUGCCAACUUCCCAGAAGCACCUCAGGAGGAGGCUUCUCUCAGCAAUAGGCUCAAGACGUAUGCCAACUUCCCAGAAGCACCUCAGGAGGAGGCUUCUCUCAGCAAUAGGCUCAAAACGUAUGCCAACUUCCCAGAAGCACCUCAGGAGGAGGCUUCUCUCAGCAAUAGGCUCAAGACGUAUGCCAACUUCCCAGAAGCACCUCAGGAGGAGGCUUCUCUCAGCAAUAGGCUCAAAACGUAUGCCAACUUCCCAGAAGCACCUCAGGAGGAGGCUUCUCUCAGCAAUAGGCUCAAGACGUAUGCCAACUUCCCAGAAGCACCUCAGGAGGAGGCUUCUCUCAGCAAUAGGAAUCCCAAAAUCCCUGUGGCUACUGGAAAGGGUCCUUGGGUGCCCUGCCUCACCUCGAGAAGCGUCCCUUUGGCCCUGCCAAGCCUCGAAGAGAUUCCUGAGGUGUCCCUCGUUACUAGACAGGAGUCCUGA